CAUUUAUCUUCAUCUACCUAUGGAAAAGGUUUCGAUGUAGUCUGUGACAAGAAGGUUUAGUCUGUUUUUCUGAAAAUGAAAUUUCGUCUAUUUACGAAACGCUUAGACUCCAAAGAAAGAAAUUUUUUGAAUAAUUUAUAAUGCAACUGAGAUAGGACCUGACAGCGCCUCUGAUGCUUAGAUAAUCUUCACGGAUGUGAUUUUAACUAAAAUAAUAAAAAUUAUUCAAAAUUUCCAGAAAUUUCGUUCGUAGACAAAUAGAGUGGCCUUCUGAAUAUUCCCGAAAAUCUUCGGUGUAUUGUAAUUUCUAACUAAUGCUUUUUCUUAAUGAAAAACAAAGUGGAUUUUUAAAGUAUUUUUCAUUAAGUAUAUUUUUAAGUAAUGCAUUAUGAAAUUGAUCAAUUAUAAUAAUGCUAUUUUCUUUUUAUUUCCAGGUAUGUGCAGUUAAACCAUUUCCUUAAGGGUGCAAUAGAGCAAUCAAGCAGCGGCGGUUGUCGUUCAGCGAGCGGUGCGGGCGCGGGCGCGGUGACGGUCGCAAGCGCAGGCGCGGGCGCAGGCGCAGGCGCGUGCGCGGCGCGCAUGGCGAGCGCAGGCGCUCAGUACCGCGGCGGUACGCAGCAGUGGGCAGCGGCGUACGCGCCGCCGCCUUGCCGCUACCCGCCGCCACAGCCGCAGCCUUACGCGGCAGCACCUAGCCCAUACACACCUCACCAGGCCUUAUUUGUACAGUAUACCGGUGCGACUAUGGGCGGAGGUUGCGGGGCCACCGGUACUCGGGUGCCCACCGCGGCAUCGCCUGCUAACACAGCCAGCUCGUCUUCCUCUAACACCGGCUCGGCCGGUGGCACCAGGUCAACUAGCCUGAGCACCGCACCACCGCCUCCGGCGUCAUCAGCGUCGACAACCGGCGCAGUGGGGGAGCAACUCAGCCGCACCAACCUCUACAUACGAGGCCUUAACCAAAACACUACCGAUAAGGACCUUGUCCAAAUGUGCCAGAUGUAUGGCAACAUAAUUUCAACAAAAGCAAUAUUGGAUAAAAAUACGAAUAAAUGUAAAGGUUACGGUUUUGUAGAUUUUGAGACGAUCGCAUCAGCAGAGGCAGCUGUUAAAGGAUUACAAGCCAAAGGUGUUCAGGCCCAGAUGGCUAAAGUGGGUAUCUGGUUCCUGCGUAGACUGAACCGUCAACAAGAACAGGAUCCCACCAACCUGUAUAUGGCAAACCUGCCCCCCCACUUCAAAGAAAAUGAUGUGGACCAAUUGCUGGCCAAGUUUGGGCAGGUUGUCUCCACAAGGAUUCUCCGCGACACCCAUGGUCAUAGCAAGGGCGUUGGUUUUGCGCGGAUGGAAUCAAGGGAGAAGUGUGAGCAGAUCAUUCAAAUGUUUAACGGGAAUCCAAUUCCUGGUGCCAAGGAGCCUCUAUUAGUGAAAUUCGCUGACGGCGGCAACAAGAAGAAGGCUCUAUAUAACAAGCAAAACGAUAACAAUGGUAGAGCGUGGAGAGACAACACCGAGUCCAUCACGCAGGCGAUGAGCGUGAGUGGUGUGUAUGCAAGCGGCGUCGGCGCAGCAGGUGCCGGAGCAGAUUGUGCGGGCGUAUACCGCGGCGGAGCGGGCGUAUACGGAGUGGCGGCUUUCCACCACCAUCCACUGCAACAUCACCAUCACCACGCGGCACAUCCCGCCGCCUGGCUGCCCGCGUACGCCGCGCUCAUACCGCCCGCGCAUCCCGCACACGCCCCACACCCCGCCCACACCGCGCACCCAGCGCACAUACCCAUCGACUCUGUGCCUAGCCAAUACUAUUUUACGUCACAUCCGUACCAGUACUUCACUGGGCCAACCCCGCCGAUCAUUCAAAUGCCCAUGGAGAGCGAGCAUGCGUCCACAGCGGCGUCACCCGACGAAGCCUACCAAACGUACCCGCCUCCCAAGUAGACCAUAAGCCACGUCGUUAGUUAUGCUGAAACGAGCCAAAAAUCAAAGCAACUGUGACUUUUUACAAUGUUAAUUUGUUUUAGUUUUAAUUUGCGACCGUUACAGACUUCAUCGAAAGCCCCGCGCGGUACCCGCGACCUUAAACAAGACUACUUCGCCUCGUUCGUUUCUGAGGAUUGCUCAUCCUCUCGGCUUUAGCUGGACGUUUGAUUAGCUGUUUGAUGAGGUCUAUUUACGGUACAAGGAGAGGAUUUGAUGUAUAGAUAUAGCUGCAAUUUUUAAAUGUGUUUUUACAUUAUAAUUUUAUUAUUGUUUUAUGAAAUUUUUUAAAUUUAAGAUUUUAGGCGCAGUUUUGAACAUGUUAAAAAGAUUAUUUAAGAUAGUUAGGUAUUUAUUUUAGCAUAGUAUAAUUUCAUGAUUGAAAUUUCAAAUUUUUACUUGUCUCCCUGGAUGGGUAACGUUUACAUUUUUUUUUUUUAUUCAGUGUCAUAUUUUAAAAUUUUAAGGAAACUGAUUUUUUUGAAUCCGAUUAUUAAAUAAACAUCUAAACAGAAUAAAAAGCGUGCAAUUUUAACAAUCAAAAAGUAUAAACGCAUAAUUGUUGAAGUGGCUAUUGUUUUAUAAUUAUUUUAUAAUGAAACCAAUAAAGUUUUAUUUUACCAUUUUAAAAUUUGUCAGGAGGUAAAGCAAAGCAAUAUCUGAAGGGGAAGGAUAGAAGUAUAAGUGGAAAUGGUCAUAUCAUGUGGAAACAAAGUUAUAUACUAACACUUUUGUAAAGAGUAACGACUAAUGUGUUACGGUUAGAAAGGGUGGGUACACCAAAUAGCUCUUGUAUGAUUAAUAUUAUGGCGAAGGUUUAGAAUCUUCAGUAAAAUUAGGUAUUUUAAAAAUACAUUCAAAAGAGAAGCUCUUAUUGUCAUGUUGUAAUUGAACAGCAAUGCAAGAAAAUAUAAGAACAAUAAUUCAUCUCCGAUACCCGGCAUUCGGAGUGAAUAUAGACCCCGGCCGACACUUUGUGGACGGUUAUGGGAGUUUAUGUUGUAUGUUUAACAUGUGUUUGGCAUGGUGCUUUAGUCAUUUUAUUUCAAAAAUGGUACUAUACCUGUACAGUAUUAUCUACCUUAAUAAAUUCAUAGUUCAGACCGGCGCAGUCUUCCAAGGAUCGCAUGUACCUAAGUUGUCAUGAAUGACAAAAAAAAAUAUUAAGACACUGCAGUGUUGUGCCUGAACAACUCGGCCGCUUGAGUCGCCUUGACCUCUAAUGACUAGAGUCUUAAACAAUGCAAUACCUUUCAUAAUGUUUACAUUACAAUCAUCACAAUUAGUUAAGUUUGAUUUGCUGUAUAUUUUGUCGCAAUAGCAUGUAAACUCGAAAUUUACCGAGACGUCGUUGCCAAACCCCAUAACAGACUGAACUUAUGUAUACUGUGUAACUUCCGUAUAUUUCUGUAAACGUGUUUUGACUCAACCUGCUUCGACUAGCGUGCGCCAGCGACUAGCUCACGCGACUAUAGUGGCACACCAGUGCCGUUAAAACGACAACAUUUAGCAAUAAGCAGUUGUAUGUAAAAUUCUAUUUAUACAUUUUACGACUCUAUACAAAUUUUUGUACGUUUGAAAACUCAUGAAUACGUGAUUUAAUGUAAUGAUCCUUUUUUGAGAAUCAUGUACUGAAUCAACUGUAGUUGUUAUUUUGUAGGCGGUCGGCACAUUCCAAUAGUAAACUUCAAACAAAAAAUUCCACGAUUGAUUUCCACAUUAUGAAAUGUAAUGGAUUUGAAAUCCAAGUGUAACACCGUUUUGGUGUAGAUGAGCACUUUUUGUACCACCACGUAGGUUUUGGGUACACUUUAUGACUUUAUAUGAAAUUUGAUAUUUUUAUAUUGAAUAUAUAUAAAUUAUACAUGGAUAUGUAUACAUGUAUAUACAUUGUUGAUGGGUACGAGUAAAAGCCUACUAUAUCGCAACUGUUUAAUUCUAUUUUGGCACGUCAAGAGUUUCAUCAGAACCAAAGUAUACAAAUCAUUAAAGUCAAGUAAGAAGUAGGAAAAUAUAUAUACAACUCAGGGACUGAAGAUUAGUUAAAUGUUUGAUAUAUUAACUGUAUUUUAACUGACGAUUAAGCGGUAACCACUUUAUUCAAAACCUGUGAACCGACUUUAUAUAAUAAUACAGGAACUGAGACUAGCUAACGGCAGGUUUUGAAUGAAUAAACGUAGAUUUUUGGAUCAAUAAGUAGAACUGUAUUCGUUUCUUUAUAUUAUUUUUAUUGUUGAGAAGGCUGAAUUAUUGUUCCGUAACUGAAUUACUUUUGGGCUUACUUAGAUAACUUAGCACGUGUAACGUCACUUGUUUAAGUUAAAUAUUACUGCUGAUAACCCGCUGAGGGACACUUAACCAGUACUUAACUGAAAACAGAGGAAUGCACGCAAGUCGUAGCGCUUAGCUGGCUGCCUGUCUACGAUGAACACAAUGUAGGUUCCUUGCUGAAACUCACCUCACAAAGGCUAAUCGAAGUGAGAUUUUUAUUAGUGAUGAAAACGUUUCGUCGAAACGUACUGACCCAUAAUACUCCGUAGAUCAGUAUUAUACCCUGUAUAAAAUCUGAUCAAGCCAAAUUUAUUGAACUGACUUAAAAUACCGCCUUUACUUCAAGUGAAAGAUUAUAGUAACCUCGAAGUGCAAUGCAGUACCGAGCGUCGCCUGGUACUUAGUUAAGUAAUUUGAUCGUUUAGUGUUCGACGUACACUGUGGCUUCCUGUUAAUGCAGUCUUCCGAUAGAUAUUUCCUCUAAACUUGCAUUUAAAUUUGAUGUUGACAUAAAAAACACAUUUUUUUUUUCUUUUCAUUAUUAAUUCAUCAGUGUCGUGUGACCCGUGUUUAUAAAUUAACUUUACAGUUUUGAUUCCACCGUAGAUUAUGGUAGUGUAAUUCCAAAUGCAAAAUCGUUGUUCCCUUAUCGUGUGAUGCGGAUAUAUAAUUUUAAAGUACCGAACCGUUGUGUUAAGUGACUUAUAGCGUAGCGUGACACGGUCCUGUGUAACUAGAGUCAGAUGCAAGUGUAUUUUUAGCACCAAAUUAUUUUUCUAACGCUUUCCUUCCAUUGAAGCAAUAAAAUUAAUUUCUAUAGUAGUGCCUUCAGCUUCCUUUAAAGUAAUAAACAGAUGGAUACAAUAAAGCAGUUGCAUGUGCUUUACACAAUAUUUUUACAGGUAAAUAGAGAAAACCUUACCGUAUUCAUACACGUAGUGAUAAUGUAAAAACUAUGUUUAAAAUAUUUUGUAACAACAAUGUAAUGUGGCUGUCUAAUCGUUGCAUUUUUCACACAUGAUGUAAAAAAAAUGAUAUCGAGAAUAAAACUUAGAUGUUCCUAGUAAACUCACUUUGAUGCGUAUCGGGGAACCAUUUCUCGUAAACCAAAACUGCAUGAUUCAAAUAAGAAAAAAAAAAGAAAAUCAUGUCGAUAAAUAUAGUUGAAGAGUAAAUGUUUUUUUUUUUUAAUUAAGAAGUAAUUAUAAGUGAACGCUCGACUUGUUUUGCAUCGGUGAAUAGUGAAGCUAAAGGGACGACGUCGAUAUGAUGGUUAGUUAUAGUUUAGGCUUAACCAUAGAUAGGUUAGAAUAGAAAAAAAUGUUUCGACGCUAAGAUAGAUAGAAUAGAGCCCUAGAUUAAUAUAUUCCGGCGGCGGCACGGCACGUGAGUGCGGGCCCGGCUCUAGGGUAGUUUCCUUUGUUAGUUUAUUAAAUAAUUUAAUUUGAAUGGACUGAAGUCGGACCGCAGCACUCACGCGUGCCGCCGCUUAGCUUAAGGUGGAUCUAAGGAUUAGUGACACAGUUUUCGAGAUAAGUUUCCGUUGAACAAUUUUGCUUUCACCUCUUUUGUUAUGUAGUUGGUUAAGUGUAAAGAAAGGAAAAACUAAUGAAAAAAAUCUGUCUGAAGUGUCGAUACGAAUGUAUUUGUCCAAUGUGUAUUAAAUAUAGUGUGGUGUUCUACCCAGCAGACUAGUCUAGAUAGUAGAAUAGUUUAGUUAAAAAUUUAGUUAGGUAGUCUAGAAAUACGAAAUGCAAAAUAAAACUUCAUAAAAUGUAAAAAAAAAAUGAAAUGAAAUUGUUGGUAAGAAAGAAUAUUUUUAAGGGACAUGUUGCUUCGUUGUGUUAUGGUGUGAGGUUUGGCAUAACUAUGAUAAUAGUGUAAAAGCAUUUCUCGCAGAGAAAAGACAUAGAAAAAAGUUAUGUAUCUAUUUUGUUACAAAGUGUUUGCUAUAUUGUGCUAUGAGCAUUUUAUGUGACCCGCAUUAUUUAUAGUUAUGCUGAAUGGACUAAAAUAAUAUAUGAAUAAAUUAAAAUGGUACUAAGAAGCAUGUUUUAUUAUGACAAGUCAUGUUCCUUUGCAUUGAACAUAUUUUGUAAGAGCAAAUGAUUGAAAUAAAACAAACGAAACCAAAUCUAGUACAUUA